CGGCUCGACUUUUCUGAACACCCACGCCCGGAGUUCAGUUACGCCCAUCGACAGUUCGACAAAAUGGCCACCACUCAAACCGCAAUCUCCAAGAGGAGAAAGUUCGUUGCUGACGGUGUUUUCUACGCCGAGCUGAACGAGUUCUUCCAGCGCGAGCUGGCCGAGGAGGGCUACUCCGGCGUCGAGGUCCGCGUCACUCCCACCGUUACCGACAUCAUCAUCCGCGCCACACACACCCAGGAGGUUCUUGGAGAGCAGGGUCGCCGCAUCCGUGAGCUCACCUCGCUUAUCCAGAAGCGCUUCAAGUUCCCCGAGAACUCCGUCUCCCUCUACGCCGCCAAGGUCCAGAACCGUGGUCUCUCCGCCGUCGCCCAGUGCGAGUCCCUCCGAUACAAGCUUCUCAAUGGUUUGGCUGUCCGAAGGGCCUGCUACGGUGUGCUGAGGUUCAUCAUGGAGUCUGGCGCCAAGGGUUGCGAGGUCGUCGUCUCCGGAAAGCUCAGGGCCGCCCGUGCUAAGAGCAUGAAGUUCACUGACGGUUUCAUGAUCCACUCUGGUCAGCCCGCUAAGGACUUCAUUGACCACGCCACCCGCCACGUCCUGCUCCGCCAGGGUGUGCUCGGUAUCAAGGUCAAGAUUAUGCGCGGCUCCGACCCCGAGGGCAAGGCCGGCCCAUCCAAGUCUCUUCCCGACGCCGUUACCAUCAUCGAGCCCAAGGAGGAGCAGCCCGUUGUCCAGCCCAUGUCGCAAGACUACGGUGCCAAGGCCAUUGCCGCUCAACAGGCAGCGGAACAGGCCAGGCAGGCUGAGCAGGGCGAGGGCGAGGCCCAGCCAGCUGGUGAGGGUUACUCUGGUGAGCAGUAGGUUUGAUCUUUACUGCGGGCGCAAUGAGGUUACGAAAAAGGCAUUUAGCGAAAGGUUAUGAUGCCGUUACGAACCCUGACAUAAAUUCCUUUGCACUUUCGGAACGGGCUGAGCUGUUUUUGGUAGGGAGGGAAUAAGGAGUCUCUACUGCUUCACUGCUAUGUACUCAAUGAAACCACCCAAAUAUCAAAGAUGGCUUUGACCAACUGAAGGCUUUUCGUCGCAUCGCAUUUGUUUGUUCUUUUACAUUUAUGUCUGGGUUGUCAGUUCGGAAAAGUUGUAGUUGAUGGUAUUUCCUAGUCAUGUUCUCUUUACCCAUGUGUCGCGUCUCAUGCGUUGCCCUAUCGGGACAUGAUCCCGGGUCUUGAGUUCGGAGUUACUACCCCUCUCACCGCGAUACCUAGCAUGUCAUCUGUUUCGAAACACUGCAGGUCUAUACAGUGGGCCUCAUGACCCUAGGUUUAAUUGGCGGAAGUAAUGUUCACGACA